AUGGCUUCAAAGAGCGAUACUUCUACUACUCUCCUUGUUCUAGUCAACCUUCCCUUCUUUUCCCUUGUUAGUGCAUGUGACACUUGCAACUCUAGCCCAAAACCAAAGCCAAAGCCAGAAAAUAACUCUGGCGAUGACACUUGCUGUCCCGACAUCCAAGAACUAGGCUUAUGCACAGAUAUGCUUCGUCGGUUAUUUGGUGUUAUCAUUGGUACUCCAGUAGCUCCAUGCUGCAUCCUUGUUAGAGGCCUUGCAGACCUUGAGGCUGCAAUUUGCCUUUGCGACACUGUCAACAUUUUGGGUCUUAGCCUCCAUGUUCCUCUUCCCCUCUGGUUGCUUCUCAAUGCCUGCUCAAAGAAGGCUCCACUGUCUCUGAAACAGCCUAAUUUGUUGCUGUUGAUGGACUUUUGCUAUUUAAGAUUGCAUUUUUUAAACACCUUCACAGAUGGCGUAGCCUCGCGAGAUACCACUUCCACAGACGGCGCAGCUUUCUCCUCCCUCUCUGCCGACAGACCAACCUCUCACCAUCGCAGCGAUAUGGCACGUCCACAGAUGGCGCAGCCUCGUGAGAUACCAGAAGAGGCUAUGCCACCACGUGAAGGUCACCGAUCAGAACCACCGCUCUCGCAGUGGCGUUGUGCCAUCGUGGUUUUGAGAUAUUUUGGGUGUGAAGGAUGGUGA